AUGCUGAAGUCGCACCAAAACAUCUCAAACCAAGUCCCACGACGGGCGGCUAUUCACGGCAUUCAGCACCUCCACACUCCCUGCACGAUCACCCUCGAAGACACGCUCAACAAGCAGAUUUAUAUGCUGGUGAAUUUUGAGGUUAUCGGAGUGGCUUCAGAGAAUUACCUGCGUGCUAACGACGUUUGGAAGCUCGACAACCUACUCAAAUAUCGUAUCGCUGCUGUUAUUAUCUUUGCUAUGAUGUCUCUGAUAUCAUUACCCCCCAAUUGCAUGCUGACGCUACGCCUCCAUUCCCCGAGCCUUCUGAAACUAUGGUUAGCAACAUGGUAG